AUUUGCAAACAAAUGACAUAAAGUUGUAGACCGACAUUGUCAACUGUGCCAAAAUUUUAGUUAAUUGUAUUGAUUUAUAAAAACAUUGAAUUGCAGUGGCGCAUAGAAAUUCGUUAUCAACACAUUUAGCUUCGUCUGACUGUGUCCAAUAUGAAAUCAAAGAAUAUGUGGUAUGGCGUCGUAUCCCUGAACAUUGCUAUGGUACUUGUCAUCAUAGCCAUCAUCGCCGCCACGCUCUUCCGAAGGGAGACCGACGACUCACCGAAGAUUGAGGACUUUUCAAGUGAUGAGAGCGAGCCACUUCCCGUGGGACCCCCUGACGCGGACGGCCCGUAUCACCACGCUGCUGUCGCGACGGAUUCUGGGAAGUGUUCAGAGAUUGGUCGCGACAUGAUGAAGCUGCGAAAUGGGUCAGCGGUUGACGCUACCAUCGCCGCGUUGUUCUGUGUUGGGGUGAUGAACAUGCACUCUGCGGGUAUCGGUGGAGGCGGAUUCAUCGUGGUUUACAACCGCAGCACAAAGUUCUCUGAAGUGUUUGAUUUCCGAGGGAAAGCCCCGGGGCUUGCGAACAAAACGAUGUACAUUAACAGCCACCUCAGCUCAAGAAUUGGUCCGUCUGCCGUAGCAGUGCCCGGGGAGAUCAAAGGCUACCUCGCGGCGUGGAGGAAGUACGGUCGUUUGCCCUGGAAAGUACUCAUUCAGCCUUCAAUCGACCUUGCCCGCGAAGGAGUCCAGAUCGGCUACGAUACUUUCAGCUCCAUGAAGGAUGUACAACCUGUUUUAAUAAACAGCCGUGGAUUAAGGGAGCUUUUGAUCAGUGAAGACGGCAAACUACGCAAGCUUGGUGAGACAAUCAAGUUACCCAAACUUGCGCGCACGCUGGAGCAAAUUCGUGACGAUCCCGAGAGCUUCUACACCGGUGACCUCGCGAGGGAUAUAGUGAACGAACUACAAGAGGAGGGCGGGCUCAUUACACUUGAAGACAUGAGGAACUAUAAGGUCAAGGUCAGAAAACCACUCAAGUUCCCCUUUGGGGAGUACAACGUUUUCACUACCCCUCCUCCCGGUAGUGGAACAGUGCUGAAUCUCAUCCUGAAUAUACUCAAAGGUUUUAAGAUGACAGGCGAAGAUCGCAAAGAUGACGCAAGCUCUAUUCUCACAUAUCAUCGCAUAGUGGAGGCGUUUAAAUUUGCUUACGCAAACCGCGCACUUCUUGGAGACCCGGAGUAUUCAGACAUCUACCAGGCUAUAAGCACCCUCACAGACCCUGCAUUUGCAGAGGGACUGCGCAAGAGGAUUUCGGACACCCAAACGUAUAAAAAUCUAACGUACUAUGGAAAAUAUUUCGUCGACAAGGAUUAUGAAGGGACGACACAUGUCUCUGUCUUGGCUCCGAAUGGCGACGCAGUGGCCGCGACAACAACCAUCAGCUUCCACUUCGGUUCAAAGUUCAUGGGGCGCACAACAGGGAUCCUGUAUAACAAUCAAAUGGCUGCAUUUGCCGUAGCCGAGCAUCCUAAUAAGACUUACGAGCGCGAGGCAUCAAACUUUAUAUCACCUGGUAAGCGGCCCUCGUCAACAUCAGCACCCUCCGUCAUCGUUAACAAGAUGGGUGACGUCACGCUGGUGGUGGGAGCGUCGGGUGGAACUAAGAUAAACACGGCUGUUUCUCAGGCGAUCAUGAAUUUCUUCUGGUUCAACCGUACUUUGUCCCAGUCCGUUAUGGACCCGCGCGUCCAUCACCAACUAUUACCCAUGUACAUCCGGGUCGAGAAGGACUACCCUAUGCCCCAGGCCAUCCUCGACGGGUUGAAGAGGCUCGGCCAUGAAGUUGUGCCCAAGGAGGGCUUUGCAGUAGUUCAAGCGGUCACUAAAGGGGAAGAUGGAAGAGUGAUGGCGAAAUCAGACCCAAGGAAGUUCGGCUGGGCUGCAGGGUUCUAGACCAAAUAGUACAACAAUACUUCUAUAAAUCGUGUCAGAUUGACAUUAGGGCGGUAGUUUGCUUUGGGCGGUGGAAUCUUGAGAAAUGACCAGUGCUUCUUGAUUUAACCGCCAUCGACAUGUACUUUUACAUCUAUGUAUGUCUGCUUGUCUAUCUAACCGCCAUCGACAUGUACUUUUACAUGUAUGUAUGUCUGCUUGUCUAUCUAACUGCCAUCGACAUGUACUUUUACAUCUAUGUAUGUCUGCUUGUCUAUUUAUCCGCCAUCGACAUGUACUUUUACAUGUAUGUAUGUCUGCUUGUCUAUCUAACCGCCAUCGAAAUGUACUUUGACAUGAAUGUAUGUAUGUCUGCUUGUCUAUUUAACCGCCAUCGACAUGUACUUUUACAUGUAUGAAUGUCUGCUUGUCUAUCUAACUGCCAUCGACAUGUACUUUUACAUGUAUGUAUAUCUGCUUGUCUAUCUAACUGCCAUCGACAUGUACUUUUACAUGUAUGUAUGUCUGCUUGUCUAUUUAACCGCCAUCGACAUGUACUUUUACAUCUAUGUAUGUCUGCUUGUCUAUCUAACCGCCAUCGACAUGUACUUUUACAUGCAUGUGCCAUCGACAUGUACUUUUACAUCUGUGUAUGUCUGCUUGUCUAUUUAUCCGCCAUCGUCAUGUACUUUUACAUGUAUGUAUGUCUGCUUGUCUAUCUAACCGCCAUCGAAAUGUACUUUGACAUGAAUGUAUGUCUGCUUGUCUAUCUAACCGCCAUCGACAUGUACUUUUACAUGUAUGUAUGUCUGCUUGUCUAUUUAACCGCAAUCGACAUGUACUUUUACAUGUAUGUAUGUCUGCUUGUCUAUUUAACCGCAAUCGACAUGUGCUUUUACAUGUAUGUAUGUCUGCUUGUCUAUUUAACCGCAAUCGACAUGUACUUUUACAUGUAUGUAUGUCUGCUUGUCUAUCUAACCGCCAUCGACAUGUACUUUUACAUGUAUGUAUGUAUGUCUGCUUGUCUAUCUAACUGCCAUCGACAUGUACUUUUACAUCUAUGUAUGUCUGCUUGUCUAUUUAUCCGCCAUCGACAUGUACUUUUACAUGUAUGUAUGUCUGCUUGUCUAUCUAACCGCCAUCGACAUGUACUUUUACAUGUAUGAAUGUCUGCUUGUCUAUCUAACCGCCAUCGACAUGUACUUUUACAUGUAUGAAUGUCUGCUUGUCUAUCUAACCGCCAUCGACAUGUACUUUUACAUGUAUGAAUGUCUGCUUGUCUAUCUAACCGCCAUCGACAUGUACUUUUACAUGUAUGAAUGUCUGCUUGUCUAUCUAACCGCCAUGGACAUGUACUUUUACAUGUAUGAAUGUCUGCUUGUCUAUCUAACUGUCUGUCUGUCCGUGCAUCCGACACCCUGCCCAUCUGCCUAUUCAGCAUUUUGUCUGUUUGAAGUCUCUGUGAGUCUCCUGUGUCGAACUCCUGCGUGACAACGUACCCCAGAAUAGCUUUUCAAACAGCAAGCGGGCGACGUCAAAGAAAACGUAACAAAAAUAAUGGAUACCAUUUUCUAAAAAAUACACUUGUUUUUAGUACGAAAUACGGAUACUAUUAAUACUACAUCGGAUACUAUUAAUAUUUUUAAAUCGCGUUUUAAGACCCACUUGUUUGAAAAGGCUCUUAUACAUUAGAUAUAAAUAAGAUUUUUGGUUAUAAUUAAGUUUUCUCAGGUUUUUAUUAAAUUUCAUUAAUUUCUAA